UACCCGUAACAUGUGUGUGGUGUUGUGUUGUUGAGGCUGCGGUAAACACUGUAAGCUCUGUUUUUAACAUGAAAGCUGAUCCUGCAGCGCAGUAAGUGCAGAAAUACGCCCGACGAAUGGAAACUGCGCCACCUUAAUGGCGGGACUGUAAGAUCAAGUGCUCAUUUACACUCUUCACAAACGCAUACUGCGAUUAAAUCGCAUUCAACAUUAACAAACUUACAUCUCACAGUGCAGCUGUCACAGGAGCAAUCAGACAUAUGUGCUACUGAGACCGGACAUGAUCAGCCGACACUUUCUGUUCGCCAGAGCACUAACGCGUUUGACUCGGGUGUUUAAUGCAGACAUUCACUCAGAAGUGAUUAAGUCUCGUCGGGUGAAGCUGCGUGUCGGAUCUCAGUCAUAUGAGACACACAGACUGAGCUGUGUGAGUGUGCAGCAUGCGACAGUGUGUGCUGAAGAUCACUCAGACAUCAUGGAGGAGAUCAACAAUAACUCUGUGUCCACACAACAAGAACAGAGCACUACACAACAGAAGAGCACUACCAAGGCAGUCAAGAAGGUCAAAAAACCAAAGAAGGAGCUAAAGAAAGUGUCGGGCAAGAAGAAGAAGCAGAAGGAGGCAGAAUGCGCCUGCGACCUGAUGGCCGAGCUUCCCUUCGCAAACACAGAGGUCUGGAAGGAGUUGGGCUUCUCCAGCGCAGAAUCGAGCGUGAAGAAGAAGCGUAAGCGAGGAGACAGCGGUCGAGUGGAGAGUGAAGAAGAUGAUGAUAAAAAGAAGAAGAAGAAGGAGGCGGCUCGCCCAAACUACUUUGUCUCUGUGCCUAUCACAAACCCAGAGAUCAAACAGGCGGUGCAGGACGUGCAGAAGCUGGUGCUGGAGAAGGAUUCUCGUCUGUCCCGAGCGCUGAUACCCGUGGACACUCUACACAUCACUCUACUGGUGACUCACCUGAGCACACAGGAGCAGCUCGAUCUUGCUGUGUCUACACUGUCAGAGCUGGAGUCUCCUCUGAACGCGUUGCUGGAGGGCCGGAGGCUGAUCCUGCCCUUCUGUGGAAUCGGACACUUUAAACAGGAAGUGGCAUUCGUUCAGAUCACAGAAGGAGAGCAUCUGUCCAAACUCACGCUCAUGGCAGAAAGCGUCAAGAAGGCGUUUGAGGAGCGGGGCAUCGCGUCUGGAGAUGACAAAGCAUUUAAACCUCAUCUGACGUUUCUCAAACUCUCACGAGCACCUAAACUACGCAAGCAGGGUGUUAAGAAGCUGGAUCCGGCGCUGUUCUCUGAGUUUGAGGGCCGUGUGUUUGGAGACGAAUGCGUGUGUAGACUGGACCUGUGCUCCAUGCUGAAGAAAAAGAGCGCAGAUGGAUACUACCACCGCGAGAAGAGCGUCAGCUUCAAUCUUCUGCAAAGCAGGCAGCGUGCUGCACCGACAAGUGCUAAGAAAGCCCCGGUUCCGGACGAUGAGGAGUUAGUGAGUCUAAGUAAGCGGCUGGUGGAAGAUGCCGUGUUGCGGGCCGUGCAGCAGUACAUGGAGGAAACUCAGCAGAACGGCACCACUCCAAAAAACGACGGUCCGCCGGUGGCCGGCGGCAAACUCAGCACCACCAAAUGACCGCGCGAGCCCUGAGCCGUACCCCGACCCGACCGGGCGGAGAGCCGCAACACGCCUCCACCUGCCAGGUGAAGCGAUUGUGGAGCAGAGAAUGAUCACAAGUGAAGCCAAGAUCAGGGCGAAUCUCUGGACGCACGCAGCACUCAAACUCUCCUUUAUUUUCCUCUUUCCCCGUCCUGCAUCACUCCUGUCUGUUUGACUUUAUUUGUGACUGAUCCUUCAGAAAAAGAGCGCACACAUCACGCACGCGCCGCUGUAGUGUCCGGAGGCCCGUUUCGGUCUGUCAGUGUUGCUUUGUCAUCUUCACAUCUGACAAUCACAGUGAACUGCUCAGUUGGACUGCACAUGAAAUGCAGGCCUGAAGCCCGAUCCAAAGCCAGAGCCAUCAGAACAGCUUAUGAACUCUGCAAGCGCGAUGUUUGUGUUUGUGUACGUGUAACCCUGCAUAUGUGUGUCAGAUGACGACGUGUGUGUGUGUUGUUUGUGCCGUAGGGUGUGCGUUUGCUCAGAGCAGAAUGGACUUGGAAAGAGAGCGCAGGCGGACGCAGGUAGAGGCCAUAAAGACACUGUUAGCGCAGGAAAACAUUCGAGCUAAGAUCCUACAGGAGCUCGACUUGGCCGUCGGAGGGAGUCCACACUGAAGCUCAUGGACACACACAACCAUCUCAAAGUAAA